AUGGAAGAGCCUCCAAAAGAAGCUGCGGGGAAAUCCUUGGAACCUGAAAGCACAGCAAGGUUCCCAAAUGACAGCCACAGAGAUCGCCAGCAAGACAAGUGGAAGAAACUAGGCAAAGAGGAGGCAGAUAACCAGUCUUAUCACAGAACAGCUAACCAGGCCAACCCAAGAGUAUAUAGCCAGACUGAACCCAACAUAUUUGGCCAAGCAGACUACAAAGUAUCUGAACUCAAUGGGCACAGAACAUCUGAUCAGGCUGACCUCAGAUCAUCCAAUCGUGAUAAUGUUGCUGAUCAUAGAGCAACUAAUCAGACUGACCAAGGAAUGUCUGAACAGAUGGGCAGCAAGGCAUCUCACCAAGCUGAUCAUGUAGACUCUGAACAGACUGACAACCAGACACCAGUUCCAUAUGAACAAAGAACCCCUGAACGGAUCGAUCGCAGAUUGUCCGGCCAGGCUGAACGAAGAACUUCUGAUCAGACGGACCGCAGAAUGUCCGGCCAGGCCGAACGGAGAACUUCUGAUCAGAUGGACCGCAGAUUGUCCGGCCAGGCUGAACGGAGAACUUCUGAUCAGACGGACCGCAGAUUGUCCGGCCAGGCAGAACGGAGAACUUCUGAUCAGAUGGACCGCAGAUUGUCCGGCCAGGCCGAACGGAGAACUUCUGAUCAGACGGACCGCAGAUUGUCCGGCCAGGCCGAACGAAGAACUUCUGAUCAGACGGACCGCAGAUUGUCCGGCCAGGCCGAACGAAGAACUUCUGAUCAGACGGACCGCAGAAUGUCCGGCCAGGCUGAACGGAGAACUUCUGAUCAGAUGGACCGCAGAUUGUCCGGCCAGGCUGAACAAAGAACUUCUGAACAGAGGGACCGCAGAUUGUCUGGUCUGGUUGAACAAAAACCUUAUGAACAGAUUGACCAGAGAUUGUCUGAACAAACUGGCUAUAAAACAUCUGAAAAGACUCACCACAAAGUGCAUGACCAAGUGACUGAACUAGUUGAACAGGUCUUUCAGCGAGUUGCCGACCCAGCUGACAGCAGUACUCAUCAUCCUAGAGUUGAUAAGUAUGACUAUAGUAAGUCUGAGGAGGUUGAUCACUUAAUGAAUGAAAAAGAUAACAUAGAAGACAACCAGUUUGACUAUGGAGGAAGUGACCAUCGGUACGAUGAUAAAAUAUUCACCAGCAAGGACAAAGAGGCUCUCUUCCGAGUACAGCCCUGCAGAUUUAAGACUAGCCAGACAGACCUCAGUGAUUCCAAGGUUUUAGAUGUAACUGACUCCGAAAGUAAAAACUUUCUGCAAGCAUUCAACUCAUUUGAAACCAGGUUCAUUGAUCAUUUGCAAGCAAAAGGCCGAGAUUAUUCCCCAAGAUUCCCUACCAUCUCAACCCAAUUGGACUAUGUCAUCAGCCAAGAAAGACCUCAAGUAAUAGCAACUGAGACUGGUGUCUCAGAACACCAAGACAAGAAGAGUUCUCAAGCUCACAAGAAAGCCCAUAGGAAGCAGUUCCCUUCUAUAGUGUACCAAGAUCCAUAUCAAGUUUCACUACAAUACAUGGAAAAGCACCACAUUCUGCAAAUAUUCCAGCAGAUCACUGAAAACUUAGUCUAUGAAAGGCCAGAGGACCCCUUGAGUUUUAUGCUGUACCAGUUGUGA